AUGUGAUUCGCUCAGUUGAUAUUAUUUUGCUGCGUUGGGAUUUUUAUCCCCUAUAUUUGAUGCAAAAUUUUGUACGUUACUAGAUCUUUUGUUUAUACCUGAAAGUGAUAGCUCUGGUGUUUCCAGUUAAUUAGCAUGGGGCGGCGCCUAUUUCUUUAUGAGGCGGAUGGUUCGUGUUCACUGUGCGGGACGUCGCGAAGUUCGCAGUGAGACACCUUUGGAAUUAGGUCUGGCGGACGGCAGGGAGCCCAAAAAGAAAACACAUGAACUAUUUAACUGCAAUGCGUGGACAGACAAUAUCUGAAUGAGAAUAAGGAAAAACAAACAUAACGGAAGAAAUAUAAUCCAGCAGUAAAUGAUGGCGUUAACUAAACUUCGCGUUAUUUGUGCAAGUUCCUACGUGGAUAUUUGAGAGGGGAUGCGAUCAGUAGUGUAUUACUUCACAUCCAGAAGGUCUGACAGGGCAACAGCCCUAGGGCAAUUCGUCUAAGCAGCCUCCGUAGACACCAGAAUCAAACUAGGAAGAACAGUCCACAGAGAAUCCAGUAAUGGAAUUUAGGAGACGGAUGCCGGUGGCCAACGCAUGACGCGAAAGGAACGUGACCCCCUGGUGUCGGACCCGACAGAUAGAUUCGGACAGCGGACACCCUGGGAGUCAUGAAUCUGGGCGCAGUCGAAACAGACAAACGGGAAGUGUCUGCGGAAUGCAGCAGGGUGAAGAGGGCUGACACAGAUGAGGGCAGGGUCCCCUGCUAUGCCUGCAACAUCUGCAGCAAGAGUUUCCCAUUGCAGAGCUCGCUGUCACAACACAUGCGAAAGCACAUGGGGGAGAAGCCCUAUAAGUGCCCUUACUGUGAGCAUAGGGCCUCCCAGAAGGGCAACCUCAAGGCCCACAUCCGGGGCCACAAGCUGGGCACACUGAGCCAUAGGCACGAAGAGCCUGAUGUCGAGCUGGAGGAGGCCGGGGUCUCCGAGGGCCUAGGUGGCUGCACAAGCCCCACUGACAGCACGUCGGCCUGCAAUGGCGUGGCUGGUGUGCCAGAGGGAGGCCGAAAGACCCCAGUGAAGGGCUCUAGGAGAGACGGCCCAGCUGGGCAGGACGAGGCCAGGGGGCUGGCGCUGCAGUGCCCGUUGUGCCGGCGCAGACUGAGUGGCCGGGCUGAACUGGAAGAGCAUAUCCGGCUCCACAAGCCCUAUCGCUGCAGGCUGUGUGGCUUCAUGGCUGCCCGUGAAGACCAGUUGCUUUGCCACAUCGAGAAGGUGCACAUCACUGUUGAGGCGUCCCCACCAGAGGCCCCAUGUGCUGAGGCCCACUUUCCCUGCACACUGUGUGACCAGGUCUUCAGCCAAGCAUGGGUUCUCAAGGCACACAUGAAAAAGCACCCGGCUGCCCUGGAGCACAGGUGUCACAUAUGUGGGCGGCACUUCCGUGAGGCCUGGUUCCUGAAGAACCACAUGAAGACCCAUGGCGGCAGGUCCGGUGGCCGGGGCAAGCUCAGGGGGGACACCGAGCCCACGGCCACCAUCAAUGACGUCGCACAGGAUGAGGCUGGCUUGUUUAACAGACUGUGCCUUAUUGAGCACUGCUCCAAAUGUGGGAACCUUUUCCAUGACCAAGAGAGUCUGCGGGUGCAUAAGAAAGUCCACGGUCCUAGCCAAAGGGUGAAUGGCAGGAGGCCAAAUGGGCGGCGGAAACAGACCGAUGAUGCUGACUCGACGUCCACUAAAAAGCGCUUCAUGGAGUGCCUGAACCUGAGGCCAGCCACGGCUCGAGAGAAUCCCCUGGAGGGCAGGGUGGGUAAGCGCAUUCCGGAGCUGGACCCCAUAUGCAGCUACCAAGCCUGGCUGCUGGCCACCAAGGGCCGAGUGGCUGAGACUUUGGAGAACGGCAAGUGCCUCGGCUGGGAUGAGGUGCUGGAGGACGCCGAUGUGGCUUACGACCGAGACAAGGGCAAGUACGUCCUGGUAGGGCAGGAAAGAUACAGGCGCGAGCCGGACACCAACGGAGCCUCAAGCAGCCGGAAGACGCGAGCCAGCGGGAGCCACACCCAGCAGCAGGCCCGCAGUGGCAGUGGAGGAAGCAACCACCGGCAGAGCCCCCGUGCCUGUGGGCAGCCAAGCCCCAGCAGCCUGGGAGACCUCAGCCCAGAGGGGGCGAGUGACUCUGAGUUCCGACCACCAUCCCGCCAGAGCAGGCGCUCCUCACAGAGCAGGAGCGCCGAAUGCUUUGAAUGCGGACGCGUGUUUCGCACUCACCACCAGAUGGUGCUGCACUCCCGUAUCCACCGCAAGGGCGGCCGUGGCAGCUCUGACAGCAGGAGCCUGCCGUCGCAGGGAGAGCGCUCCCCCAGCGAGGCCGAGUCAGGUUCCAUGAGCCGACCCAGCACCCCCGGCUACGAAGACUCACCCCUGUCUUCUGCAAGAGGAGAAGAAGCAACUGGGGAAAGAGAUAAGAAGCCUUACGUUUGCAGCCACUGUAGCUUUGGGACCUCUGACCUCUCGUCCUGGACGUCACACAUAAAACAUUAUCACAAGGAGACAAGCGAGACCUUUACUGUGACAGGGACGCCCCCACAGGGGCACAGUGCAGCAGGCGGACUGGGUGGUGACUACCCCAAACUGAGGAAGGCCUUGCUCCAGGAGAGCCUUGUGCCCCAUGCCCUCACCUCUCCCCCCAGAGGAUGCUCUCCUGGAAGCCCAGCUGAUCCCCAGAAUAGGGCUGCUGACCCCCUUGACCUGACAACUAAGUCAGAGCUGUCUGUGGCUAAUACCCACAAUGCUCUGCUCAGUUACCCGUGUGUUAGCUGCCCAUUCGUCACCCGCUACCCAGAGGUCCAGCGAAUCCAUCAGCGGGUCUACCACAGAGUCCGAACUGGCAACCCGGCCCCCCGGAGGCCCAUGAAACGGCGUACGGGGCCUCCCCCCGCCCUGCGAGGCGAGGAGUGCCUCCCCCUGCCUUUCGGCUGCGUCCCACGCACACGCCCCCCACCCCCCAUUACUCCAAAGAUAGGGGUGGGAUCAGACCCUGGUGGCAACCAGCUUAGCGCCCAGCAGGGGAAGGACUGUGCUCCAGGGUUGAGCCCAGCUAAGAAGCCCAAAACCUGGAGGCCUGGGACUGACGAGGCGAUGUCGGCCAGGCCCAGACCGGAGAUGUAUCCCAGACUGGUCUCAUCGGGGGGCUCCCCUCGAGAACCUGGCAGCCGGCAGGAGCAGCCUGCUCUUCCUCAGGAGGGCCGACGUGUCCUGGAGUGCGCCGGUGAGGAGGCCGCUUCGCCAGACAGGAUCCAUAGCCGAGCUGAGAGCCGGGCCCUCAGACUCGGGGGUGAGUCGCGAGACGGGUCGGCACUGGGCUCCCCCCGAAUCAGUAGCUCCACUGCGCUCGAUCUGCCGCACCAUGCAGUGAAGAAUGAGCCGAGCACAGAGGAUCCACCCCCACCUGCGGACAUCCUGAGUUUCUUUAAGAGCUACAGGUCCCAAGAUCUGGCCACGGUCUACCAGCGAUGGGGUUCCACCAGUCCUGUGCUGAGUCAGGCGGGGACAGCGAGGUCAGCGCUGCUCCAAGGAGACUACCUCUGCGGGGAGUGUGGGCGGAGCUUCAGUCAGCCCAGCCACCUCCGCACCCACGUCAGGUCCCACACAGGCGAGCGUCCCUUCCGAUGCCAGCUCUGCCCUUACAGCUCCUCCCAGAAAGGCAACCUGAAGACCCACGUCCAGUCCGUGCACCGCACGGCCUUCAGCAACGCUCACUACCCCGAUGCCAGGUCCCAGCAUGGCACCGCCGAUGACCCCCCCCAGCCCGUGGAGGCCAGCGGUGCCUCUGCCCAGCCCGGAGACCAGCUGGCCCCCGGGACCACCGUACUCGACUGACGCCCCGCCCACCCCCGGGACCUGCUCAAGGGCGGACCGAGAGGAGGCGGUUUGGCGUCAGAGGCUGUACGUGAAAACACCGCUGUCACACCCAAGGAAUGAGAUGGACAAGGUCCCAGUUCAGUUUGUUUUGAAUACUGAACAUCUCAAAACGAUUUUAGGAGAAUUUCAGCCAUUCAGAGGACAUACAGAGUAAAAAAAAAAAAAGAUUAACUGCUUGCGUAUGUAUUUACUUUUUGUUUUCUUUUUCACCUCAGAACAUCCUAGGAGAUUAAAAUGGGGGACUGCGGUGUGUCUCCUGCUGUUUACUUAUUUCGGAGCAAACCAAACUUAGAAGCCAUGUGACUGGUUGAGAUGUGAAGCAGAGAAAUACUUUUCUUCUGUUUUUUUUUUUUUUUUAAAGAUUUGCCUCUUGAUUAUUUGAAACCACUCUGUCUAAGUGGAUUUCUGAACGUGGAAACGCUGCGACCGGUGUUCCGCUCGGGGAACAGGCAGUCUGAUUUCUGACAGAAAUGUUUUGGGGAGUCUCAAAGGAAGAGUUUUAGUUUUUACUCAGGAUUUGGACAGGGCCAAAUUCCGGGGUCUGUCAGCAGGGCAACCACAGGCCCCCUGCAGCGGGGAGGGGGCUGACCGGGGCUCCCCGGCUAGCCUUCGGGGAGUUUUAGACGCCAAUGCUUCACGCAACGUCUGUCACAUUCACUGUCUAAUGCCGGCGUACGUCUCUCUUUCCGUUAAAGUUUUUUAUUGUUUGUUCCCCAGACACCCCCCCCCACCACAAUACCAUUUACAGUUCAAUGAAGUGACUACUUUCAUUAAAAUUAUGAAAGGUCGCUUUAGCCGAAAAGUAGCUGUCUUUCUGGCGCACAGGACCGGAAGCCAUUGUGUACAUACAGCGAUACGAGCUGUUCAAAGCACUAACUGAGUCCCAGCAAGUCUCCGGGCUACUGCCCCCCCACACAAAGCACGCUACCCGCUGUUAUCAGUGACUUUUAAAGCGACAUCUCUUUUAAUAUGACGUCACGUUUUAUAUAAACGAAACCUAAAAACAUCAAGUCUCUUUGUAUGUAUGUAUAGCGGUAUUCAGUCACAUGAUAUCCAUCUGUGAGUAUUUCUGAUUGAAAUGUACUGUAACAUGCUCUGCUUGAGACGGGCUCAUGUGACCUCCUGUGGUCACGGUAGGCGUUCCAGCCAUUCACUUAUCGUCCAAAUGGCCGGUGACCCGACCCUCAGCUACGCCCCCUUGUGGUGGCAGCGAGGCGGGGCCGUGUAGGGCUGCCUCUCUGGUGUUAAACCCUUUACAGCGUCAGAUACCAAAUGAAUCUGCUGGCCUUGCUGUGCUUGACCUCUUCGCUGGCUCAUUAUGCAUCAUCUGCAGGGCCCAUUAUUAAUUAUAUGCCGUACUGGAAGGGUUCAGCCGCUUAAGAGCACUGGAGUCUCACCGUCACCCCGCAUCUUUCUCUCCUCCGUCUUCUAAGAUGGCCUUUAGGUCUCGAAUCUUCUGCUAACAUCUCACAGAGGCACUUAUAAAGUUUGGGAAGGCAGUUGAUGUUCAGACUUUUAUAAUCGAGAAGGGUGAUUUUUAAAUGAUUGAGCUAUUAAUGAAAUCACUUAACCUUGAUCACAGACCUGAGGAGUUUGUAAGGCAUGAAACUAAGCAGUUAUUUCCAUGUGAUCCAUCAGAAGGAUCCACUGGAUUAUUUGGAUCAUUCAGACGUUCCUUUUUUCCCUCUAAAAAUGAGUAAAGAGUCCAACUUUUUAAGAAAAAUUAUUAGAACGAGAACUAUUUUGAUUAGAAGGAAUUACAUUUUUUUAACCUUGCAUCAAGUAUAGUCAUACAGGUAUUUUCCGUAGAAUAAAUGAUUUGGUAAUAUUAAUGGAUAAAUCUGUUGCUGGAAUAUAGCGAGCAGGACCCCAGAAACCCUGCAUUAGCUGCUGUGUUAGCUGCGGAGUUCUCACCUGAGACAGAGAUUGGGCUACAGCCAACCAUCAUGUUAUUAGGUAACAAAAAAAAACAAAACGUUGGGAAUCUGGUUUUUAUUCCCAGGUAAAAUCACUUUAAUUAUUAAACUAAAUGGACAUUUCUAAUAAAAACAAUGGCAGGUAACAUUAAAUAUAACGACAAUUACACUGAUACUGAAAUGAGCGUAUGGCGAAUUUCAAGAUGUGUGUGUUUGCAUUGACAGGCAUUUUUUAAUUGCUUUUCCUACCUACAUUCAAAACAUUUGCACAGUUUAAUUGGUUGGUAGCUGGUAAGCAGGCAACUUACCUACAUAGGAAGAACGUAACUAAUGUGGAUGUUAACUAUAUUUUAGAUGCAAUAUAGAUAUUUACAAUAGAGUGUGGGGCAGGACGACAUGAGGCACUCAAUGUUUUUGUAAAGGAAAGCCAUUUUUUUGUGGAAGCCAUUUUGAAGUGCGUUAACCUGUUAGGGUGCCCACUACAGCGUGUGUAUUAAAAAAAAACAGGUUGACCCAAUGUAGUGAACUGUGAUUAUUAUACAGUAAGUUACCAUGCAUCACCAUGGAGAUGGAAUCUGUAAUAAGACAGAUACUUACAGUGGGAGUUUCCUGCAAAACAGUGAUGUUUCUUUUAAAAAAUAAGCACCUAAUCAACUUUUUGUCUAAUCGAUAUACUUUUUUUUUUAUCAAUAGAAGGUUUUCUAGCCUUGCAUGUAACUUUGAGACUGAGUUCUAAACUAAUAUGAACUGCAGUCUACCCUCCUGCUUAGCUCUACGCAUCAAUGUGGCACAUUGAGCUGUUUAUUUCUUGUACAUCUCCGUCCUCAUUUGGGAAAUGAUGACAUCCCAUAAUGCAUCUUGUCUGAUGUCAUAGAUGGUAUGCCAAGGCUCAUCUCUCCCUCACUAACUAAUAAAACUCAUUAUUCUUAUGUUGGAAAUCUACAUUGCAGUAACAUCACACUGUUAAUGCUCAAUUUAAAGAUUCUGGGUGCUCUUUGUCAUUUGUUAUUUAUGGUUUUAUUGUUUUAUUAGUCAGGUUUACUAACCAGCUGCGGCCGGUUUCACAAAGCAGGAUUUCUUGCUUAGCUGGAUAACUUGUUGGAUUUAAGGUAGUCUGAGCUAGAUGCACUUUAUCUUUGUACAUUUACAUUUAGCCCUGACUACCUUAAAUCCAACAAGUUAUCUGACUAAGCAAGAAACUCUGCUUUGUGAAACAGGCCCCAGUUCUAUUCACUGAAUUCAGUUUAUGUACCUUGCUGAAGGGUUGUAUAACAGGGUCCUUGUCCCGGAGUCAAAUGUGACUUAUGACCUGAAAUAUGAAAACUGAAUGAAAAGACUAACCCCCUCCCCAAAUAUCCCUCUUCAGCCCUUCGGAAGAUGAACAGAAUGUGGGACAUCCCCUGUGUGACUCCUCUGUUCUCUGUGACUUUUUCAUUGCAAUUUUAGUAUUUAAUGUGUUUUUUUUUUUUGUGUCAGGCUGUUAAUAUUUAUUUUCAGCUAAAAUGGAUCAGAAACUAAAUCACAUGUAUAUUUUUGUUGCUCUUUAACCUUAGCAUAUGGACUGCUACUAAUUACGAAAACUCUACCUCCUCUCCACGUGAACCAGCUUUCACUUCUCAGCUUUUGUUUGUUUUUUUUGUACGUUGUUCAGGUUGUGAAGUUCCCACAUUAAAGAUGUGAAUGGCA